AUGGUUGUAAAACCUUUGGCCCUGCAAGAUCUAACACGGUUUGAAACACCAGAUGGAUUUUUAAUUAACUCUCAAUAUCAAGCAGUUUGUGACAAGUUCUUUGGUCCAGAAGUCAGAUACAGUGACUUACUACAAGGAGCCGACCUUUGACUGAUGAGAGUGGACUUUGUGUUUGAGCUUCCACGACCAACUAUGCCUAAUGUUGUUUAUAUAGGAGGGUUUCAGUGUAAACCUGCUGAACCACUUCCUGAACACCUUAAGGUGUUUGUACAGAGCUCUGGAGAACAUGGAGUCAUCAUCAUGUCUCUGGGGACGUUUGUGAGUGAACUUCCUGCUGACAUGACCAAUAAGAUGGCUGCAGGUUUUGCUAAAUUACCUCAGAAAGUCAUCUGGAGGCAUAAAGGUGACCGACCGGCCACUCUGGGCAACAACACUUUACUCGUUGACUGGAUGCCACAGAAUGACCUCCUGGGACAUCCAAAGAUUAAACUAUUUGUUGCUCACGGGGGAACAAAUGGAGUUCAAGAGGCUAUUUAUCAUGGAGUCCCAGUUGUGGGUCUACCUGUGUUCUUUGACCAGAAAGACAACCUGCUCCGUCUGAAAGAGAGAGGAGGAGCUAAGAUUCUUACAUUAGCCACAGUGGACAAAGACAACAACUUCCGAGAAGCAAUACAGGAAGUCUUGACUGAGCCCUCCUACAGGCUGAACAUGCAGAGACUCUCCAGGCUGCACAGAGAUAGGCCAAUGAAACCACUGGACACUGCCCUCUUCUGGAUAGAGUUUGUCAUAGGACACAAAGGUGCAGCUCACCUGAGAACGGAGUCCCACAGACUGCCCUGGUACUCCUACCACUCUGUAGAUGUAGUUCUGUCUUUCCUGGCUGCUGUUGCAGUGAUUACUCUUCUUCCUCUUGUAUUUGUCAGAUAUUUACGACUUGAGAAAAGAAAAAAGAAGAAAAAGCAAUAA